GUAGAAUUCGUAUUGACAUUUUGGCUUUGACAAUAAAUCUACGAGCAAAUCAAUCCAAAAUAUUCCAUAUUCCAAAGAAAAACAACAUGAAUUCCAUAAGGCACUUAUCGAAAACGGCAUUGCGCGCCAGCGCCAAUUCCAAACACACUCUACCGGAAUUGCCCUACGAUUACGCGGCCCUGGAGCCGAUAAUAUCCAGGGACAUCAUGAAUCUCCAUCACGCCAAGCACCACAACACUUACGUAACGAACCUGAACGCCGCUCAGGAGAAAUUGGCGGCCGCCUUGGAAAAAGGAGACGUCAGCGCCGCCAUUUCGCUGGGCCCAGCGCUGAAAUUCAACGGCGGCGGCCACUUGAACCACUCCAUAUUCUGGAAGAACCUGAGCCCCGACAAGUGCGAGCCCAGCGCCAAGUUGUGCGCCGCCAUAACGGAGUCCUUCGGCUCCGCCGAGAACAUGAAGAAACUCCUCGCGGCCCAAACCACGGCCAUCCAGGGCUCCGGUUGGGGCUGGUUGGGAUUCUGUCCCGCGUCGAAGAAGCUGAAAAUCGCGACCUGCGCUAACCAGGACCCCUUGCAAGCCACCACGAAUCUGGUACCGCUUUUGGGCAUCGACGUUUGGGAGCACGCCUACUAUUUGCAAUACAAAAACGUUCGGGCCGAUUACGUAAACGCCAUUUUCGAUAUUAUCAACUGGAAGGAUGUCUCCCAGAGAUACGAAUGUGCUAGUGCCUAGUUUGAUUAACCACGAGAUUCUAUAUUGUGUAAAAUAUACGUUAGAUUUAC